GAGGUGAAGUCCACGUGGACCAGGAAGCGGUUGAUCGAGACAAGGAAAUCUGCGAAGGAAAGCGAAGGACUCCGCCGCGGUCCUGGGAACUCAAAAAGAGUUACGUGUUAGAACUCGUAUUGAUGGCUGAGCCAGAAAAGCAGAAACGGAUCCUGGUGACCGGAGGCUCCGGCCUGGUGGGAAAGGCCAUUCAGAAGGUGAUUGCCGACGGAGAACAGCGGCCGGACGAGAAGUGGAUAUUUGUGUCCUCCAAAGAGGCUGACUUAACAAAUGCUGCGGAGACCUCGGCCCUCUUCGAGAAACACAAGCCCACCCACGUCAUCCACCUGGCGGCCACAGUCGGGGGGCUCUUCAGGAACCUCAACCACAACCUGGAAUUCUGGAGGAAGAACAUCCACAUCAACGACAAUGUCUUGCAAGCAGCAUUCGAAUCCGGCGUCCAGAAAGCUGUUUCCUGCUUAUCCACCUGCAUAUUUCCAGACAAGACCACCUACCCUAUUGAUGAGACCAUGAUUCACAACGGCCCUCCGCACAGCUCCAACUUCGGGUAUGCGUACGCCAAAAGAAUGAUCGAUGUGCAGAACAGGGCAUACUUCGAACAGCACGGCUGCCACUUCACGGCUGCCAUCCCCACGAACAUCUUCGGGCCCCACGACAACUUCAGCAUCGAGAACGGCCACGUCCUGCCGGGCCUGAUCCACAAAGUGUACCUGGCCAAGAAAAACGGCACCAAUGUCACCGUCUGGGGCACGGGAAAACCUCGGAGGCAGUUCAUUUACUCUCUGGAUCUGGCUCGGCUGUUUGUUUGGGUGUUAAGGGAGUACAAUGAAAUAGAACCCAUCAUCUUGUCAGUGGGAGAAGAAGAAGAGGUGUCCAUACGAGAAGCCGCUGAAUGCAUCGCGAAAGCCAUGGACUUCAAGGGACAACUCCUGUUUGACGAAUCCAAAUCAGAUGGUCAGUUCAAGAAAACGGCCAGCAACGCCAAGCUGAGGAAAUAUCUGCCUGACUUCCAGUUCACACCGUUCAAUCAAGCGGUGAAGGAUAUGUGCGACUGGUUCUCCGCUAAUUACGACCGCGCCCGGAAAUGAUCGAAGGGCGCCCACGAUGGUAGUACCUUAAAUAGGGGCCGCUGCACCCUCAUCUCAAUCUCAGGUAGCUUUUUGGUGAAGGAGGAGAAGAAAAAAAAUAAAAGAAAACCCGCGUAGA